CCAUAAUAUGAAUUUCCUCCUUUACACAGAUUCACAGACUCUCUAUCAAGAAACCAAAUCCUAGAGCAAACGUAAAAUCCUCCCUAUAAAAAGAUCCCAAAUUCUAUUUCUCCAAACCCCAAAAGAAUCUUGAAAACCCCAUUUGUUAAAAAAAUGGCCACAAAAGUAAUGGAAGUAGUGAAAAAACUUGAUAUAGAAAAGUACAUGGGAAGAUGGUAUGAAAUUGCUUCAUUCCCAUCAAGAUUUCAGCCCAAAAAUGGUGUAAACACAAGGGCUACUUACACUCUGAACCCAGAUGGUACAGUGCAUGUGUUAAAUGAGACAUGGUCUGAUGGUAAAAGAGGUUAUAUUGAAGGCACUGCUUAUAAAGCUGAUCCUAAAAGUGAUGAGGCUAAAUUAAAAGUCAAGUUUUAUGUUCCACCUUUCUUGCCUAUUAUUCCUGUUACCGGAGAUUAUUGGGUUCUUCAUAUUGAUGAGAAUUAUCAGUAUGCUUUGAUUGGUCAGCCUAGUAGGAAUUAUCUUUGGGUAUUAUGUAGGCAAAAUUCUCUUGAUGAUGAGAUAUACAACCAGCUUGUUGAGAAGGCUAAAGAAGAAGGCUAUGAUGUGAGCAAGCUCCACAAGACACCACACACUAAUCCCCCACCAGAAAAUAAUGAUGCCCCCAAAGACACUAAAGGAAUUUGGUGGAUCAAAUCAAUCCUUGGAAAGUAGGCAAAUGCAGUACAAUGGUGAAAAAAGAACUACCUAAAGACCAGUAAAAUGAGUGUUUAGAAACAGUAUUUUGUGAUAUCCUAAAUGUUUAAGCUUAUGUUUUUGGAAAUCUUUUGCCUCUGGAACUCUAUAAAGUUGAUAGUAUCAAUAGCAUGUGAUACGCAUUUGAAUUCUGUGUGAAA